AUGUCUAAAUUAAAUUAUGAAAGUUAUAAAAAAAAUAUAAGCAUUGAUGAGCCUUUUUCAGUAAUUUAUGAUGUACCAGAUGUAAUAAAUUAUAGUACUCUUGUAAAUUUAAUUAUUGAACAAGCUCCCAAGGGUGAACGUGGUAGACUAUUUCGUGAAGAUGGAAUAAAAUUGGAUGAAGUAAACGAAAUACGAAUUGAAUUUUCUAAAAUUUUGAAAAUAGACCAUCUUUGGAUUAUGACUAAUCUGACAAAACUCAUAUUAUCCCAUAAUAUUAUUGACAAAAUUGAAAACCUCGACGCCCUGGUGAAUCUUGAAGAUCUUGAUCUUUCUUUUAACCGAAUAAAAAAAAUGGAAAAUUUAAACUGUUUGGUUAAAUUACAAGUUCUACUUAUUGCUGGCAACAAAAUUUAUGACAUUGAAAAUAUUGAUAACUUGAAAAACCUUAAUAUUUUUAGUAUCGCUGACAAUAAAAUCGACAAAUGGGAUCACGUUUUAUACUUAAGAAAAUUUAAAAAUUUGAGAUCCGUUAAUAUAACAGGAAAUCCUUGCACUCUACAAGAAAAUUAUAAUAAUUAUCUUAUUGCUUUACUGCCUCAAGUGAUUUAUUUUUCGUAUGUCUUAAUCAGCAAAGAAGAAAGAAAUGACGCCAUCAAAAAGUACAGACAAGCAAUUAUUAAAGUUAAAGAAGAGGAAUCAAAUAUUAAAAUAAAAAUGAAUAAACAACAGAAAGUAAAUAGAAAAACUCAAUAUGAUUCUCUGUGUUUUGUUGAUCAAUUAGACGGAGAUGAAUUUUUUAAUACUGUCUUUCAAGAUGACCAAAAUGGAAUUAUAUUGAAAAAUCUAAAUAACGAUACCCUUGAAGUAUAUGAAGAAUAUAAAAAAAAGUUUACAACCGUAUGUCAGGAAUUGUACAAAUUUGGAGUAGAUCAACACGUUGUCAGGGCGAAAGAAAUUGAUGAAUUUUUUUUAGUCGUCCAAAAAGCUCGAGAAAAUGUUCGUGAUGAAGCGAGACAGAUCAUUGAAACAAUAAAAACAGAAAGAAACGGAAUUUUUAAUAAAUUUGAUGAUUUAGUAAAAUCAGAUAAAAAAUCGAAUGAACAAGAAAUAAAAAUAGAUAUAAAAAUAGCGAAAACUCAAGAAUUAGCUGAUGAAUUAAACGAAAGUUUGACGAAUAUGUGGACAAAGCUGAUGUACAGCGAAGUUGUUUUGCAUGAACAAAUAGAAGAUAUAUUUGAGAUUUUUAAGAUAAAUAUAACUGAUUUGAAAGAUUCAUUUGUGGAAUUUGUACGGAAAAUUUUUUCUCAAAUACGUGAUAUUUUCCUCCGAUAUCGCGAGGUGAUAAAUACUGUGAUUAAUAAUUAUUUAAGUAGUGGUGGAGAUUUGAUGAUGUCAGCUAAUUUUGUUGACAUUUGUGGCGACAUUGAUGUUUUAAACAAUACCUUGAUUGCUUCACAUGAUAUUCAUAUACAGAUUGUUGAUAAUCGCGAAGACAGUAUCAUUGAAAGAAUAAACCUUUGGCUUGAAGAGUUGCUGUAUGAAUUCAGCAAGUAA